GGUUAAAAGUAAGAAAAAAGUAAAUAAAAAUAAAAAUCCCAACACAAAAAUAACCAGGAACUGCUUGUUACGUAAGUAUCAUAUACCUACUUAUGUAAAUAAAUAAACAAAUGCAGUUCACCAGGUUCGUAUUUUAACAUUGCAUUCUGUGCGUGGCGCGAGGCCUGGCCAGCGGCGGCGGCGGUGGUGGUGGUCGGUUGUUACCUGUAGGGGAGGUGGACAAGGUAUUGUCGGUAAUAAAUCUGCGGCGUUCACGCUGCGCUGCUUUGUGGCCUACAGAAAUAGCUAAGUAACAAGUGGUGGUGGCGGGGAUAGUCAUGAAGCGGCGUGUUGUCCUCCCAGCAGUGACUGCCACGGCCUAGCGAAGCCGCGGCCUGCAGGUUUGCCAUCACUGAAGGUCAGCGGGGAUCGUGAAGGGAAGGAUCUGCAGGCGAGGGGCGGCGGCAGCCCGGCCAUGGCCCGCGCGGCAGAGUGAGCAGCUCCCGGCGGGGGUCUGGCUCAGAGUGGAGAGCGCACGCGCCCAUGAAAUCCAUACCUGUGACGUCACGGCGGAGGCUGGAAAAAGAAUGUCCACUCGCUGGUGAAAACUUUAUUUUUAUUCAAAUUUCCUAAGAGCAAAUAUGCUUCAAUGAGAUGUCCAUUGGAAAGGCCAGUGAAGGAGGCGAGGGCCUCGACGGGCCUCUGCAGCAGGCGGCUUCUGUGGAACACCAGCAUGAGAUCUUUGGCAAAAAUUUGCAAUCUGGCAACUCCCAAAGUGACGUCACGCCCAAUGGCCGGUACAGGUGGUCUGAUAGAUAGACAAAUACAAUAAACAUUGGUGCGUUAGCUUCAUUUUCCUUGCAAACGUGGAAGUGAGUGGAACGCAAGUGGUGGUUGCCGGCACACAGUACAGAGUGGAAGGCGAGUCGCUCCUCAGACAGUGAACAGCACAGGUCACUCCAGGUGGAUCUGAUGCGACAAAGAUUUAAGCGUUUAUCUAAAUCACUUUUUUGUCACUCUAACAUUUUGCCGCAGUCACAGUAGCGAUCGAGGAACCACUCGGAAAAAAGGCCCGAACCCGCGGCCGCCGAAAUACACCGUCGGGAAGUAGCGACAUGAACUUCGGAAGGAAAGUUGCCAACAAAAUGCCGGUGGUGUGAGGCGCGGCGGCUGUCUGCCAUGUUGUGCCCGCCAGUGCCAGGCCGAGGAGCAAGUGAAAACCCAGCCGCCCCUUCCGCCGCCCGCCCCCAACUGCCCGCUCUUCGCCGCCUCCUGCAGGGUCUCCAGCAGCGAUCAUCUCCUUCAAGAGCGCCGCAAUUCCUGCCUCCUUCAGCUCCGCCACCCGCGUCGUGUCUUCACCGAGAGAAAAACUAAUCUGACAGUAAGGGGAUCUGGGAGGCGCUGAGCCCUGCACAUCUCAGUCGCUGGCUGAGCCCCGCGCCAGGGACAGCCCGGCCGGAGAGGUAAAGGAGAUAGAGAGGAUUUCUUCCCUGGAAAAUUGCGGAUCAAAGUGGCGGCCGAGACAUGAAGUUAAUAGUCAGAGUGGUCUACUCGUAUCUCCUGCCUCCGGGAAUUGCCGUCGGUUAGAAAAUAAAGAAACGUCGUCGUCGCCGUACGAAGGAUAGCAAUAAUAUGCCGUGUUCUUGAGAUUGAGUGAGCCGGGCGUCGCCAUACUCACUGUACGUUCCCACCCCGUGUUAGAUUGUUUACUUGCUGUCACCGUGUGAGGCAACUCGUGGCGACAGUAACUGGAAAUACUAAACAUUCCGUCAUUUAUGAGAAACUCGGUAGCGUAGUCCGCCCCGCCCGUCGCCCGCUCGGCCUAGCGACACGCCCGCCGCGCCGCCGCGACCCUCCCCGUCCCACAGGUCGCCGCCGCCGCUUUUACCGCGGAAGAGACACUACCAAGGCCGGGCACCAUGUAUUCACCGGAUAAGAUGAUCAGUUCCAAGCCCCUCGGGGCCCCUAUCUCCAGCAACGGACCGGCGGCGUUCACUGGCCGCUACAGCCCCACCUACCGCUCACCGGACCCCAUGCGGCGAUGUAUGAACAACGCACCUGUCUCCUUCUCGUCGGUCCUCCUGCCGUACCAGAAGGGCGUCUACACCAACUCCUUCCACGACUCCCACCCGCGCCCCCUCCACGAGGAGGACUACAAACCACUUCCUUUGGCGCCUCAGACCCAACUCUUCGGGGCUGGCCUGGACGAUGGCCUGCUAACACGUGCAGAGGCCUUAGCUGCCGUGGACAUCUCAAAGCACGGCCAUGGCCAGCCUCCCGGGGCCAUCCCACAGCUCAAACACGACAUGAUGUACCACCCCGGCAUGGCCACCACCCCCCACACACCGCCCAUCUCCAGGACCAACCAGGUGGGUUCCGGCGAGGAAGCUGGGGCGGGCGGAGGCGGGGGUGGUUGGUCGCACAAGGCGGGUCUCUGGAAGAUGGGCCACCACAGUAUGGACGGCCUGGAAAUGCUGGACCCCAUCUCCUCCUCGUCCAUGACCACGCUAACCCCAAUGAGUGACGGUGGCUCCAUGCAUCAGCUACACGGCGCCGUCUACACCCACAGCCCCAUGAACUCAAUGAUGCCACACCCAGGCCUCACGCACCCCCACAUGCCUCUCGGCAUGCACGACACGGACACAGACCCCAGGGAGUUGGAGGCCUUCGCUGAGCGGUUUAAGCAGCGGCGCAUCAAGCUCGGGGUAACUCAGGCUGAUGUGGGCAAGGCGCUGGCUAACCUCAAGCUGCCGGGUGUCGGGGCACUCUCCCAGUCCACCAUCUGCAGGUUCGAAUCCCUGACGCUGUCCCACAACAACAUGAUCGCCCUGAAGCCGGUGCUGCAGGCGUGGCUAGAGGAGGCCGAGGCGCAGGCAAAGAACAAGAGGCGGGAUCCUGAGGCGCCUUCUGUCCUGCCCAUGGGCGAGGUAGAUGAUAAGCGUAAGCGAACGUCCAUCGCGGCGCCGGAGAAGAGGUCAUUGGAGGCGUACUUCGCCGUGCAGCCGCGGCCCUCGGGGGAGAAGAUCGCAGCUAUCGCCGAGAAGUUGGACCUCAAAAAGAACGUGGUGCGGGUGUGGUUCUGCAAUCAGCGGCAGAAGCAGAAGAGGAUGAAGUUCGCGGCCUCCCAGAAGCAGAUGACCGGCGCCAACGUGCACACCUCGAUGGGCACCAUGAUGACGUCCCCGAUGCCGCCGCACACGCCGGUCCCGUAGUGGAUGGCCUCCCCUGGUGCCAGACCGGCCCUGGACUUGCCCGCCCGCUCCGCCCACCACCAGCAGCAGCACCACCAUCAGCAGCAGCAAGCUAACCGCCCUUCGCCAAACUCCACAGCCAACGCCGCGCCCUGCCCGCCCACGCCCCGCCCACUCUGGACGGACCAGGGUGAUGCAGGUGACCGCUGGAUGGCGCCGGGGCCAUCAUGGGCGUACAGUUAUGCCUACGCUGCUGCUCACGCCCACCAGGCGACACGCCAGCUGACACAGUGACACCACAGUGCUCAGUAGGUGGACGCUCACCAAGGGCCUUGAAGCACAGACGGGUGGCAACGUCUGUGCGAUGGUGGGUGGAGGACGGAGCGACAAGCGAACCCAGGCGGUGCGCCUCAGAGGCGCGGCAUAGACGCUGCGCCCAUGGCGUCGUCCACGGCAUCAGGGGACGGCCAGUGUGAAGCUCCAACGACGGUGGAGAAGGUGACGAGCGCCCUGUGUCCCCACGCGACGUGGGGCGAGUCGGGCGUCACGGACUGGUACGACCAGCGCUCAGGGUUGACAGAAACGUUCUCACACUGGUCCGAAGAGAAAACAAACCACGAUGUGAUUUUUUAAACCUUUUGAAGGCAUGACUGUGAAGUCCAUGAAUGUCAGGACAAAUUGUACAAAAUUAGAGUAAGUCUCCCUAUUUACAGCAUACAAUGAGUACGGCUGCAUGCCCCAUCCGGUGAUACCUGGUGAAACACGGCGUCGCUGGUCCGGCCUCGGGGCGUCCCAGCCCGCCGGGCCAACACGAUAUGGACCUUCUGUCGCACGGCAACUAGGCUUACUUUCCAAUGUUUCCACGGUACGACUGACGAGUAGGUCUUAUAUGUACCUAGUAAGGAUUCUGAGAAAACUUUUUUUCUUUUAACCAAAGAAGUGUAAAUAUAAUAUAUUAACGGUACCAACUUUACUGUCACGGGACGGUAAAGGACCCUGCACUUCCACGUGCAUCAGAGCUCAAGGAUUUUGUGAACUAGUCGUAGGUAGUCGUAGCUCUCCUUUAUUGUUUAUUUUCCGUCACGUGUUGCCCGCCGUCGGUCGCUGCUGCAGGAUCCGCGUCGAGCCCCUCGUCGUCAACCUCGCCGUCUUCCUCCGCCGCCACCACCGCUGCCGCCGCCGCAUUUCUUGGACGAACAUCUUUUAGGAACGUCUAAGAUUUUAGAAAGAUUUUGGUCUUCAGGUCGAGGCAAACAGAGCCGAUCUCAAUCCUGAUUGGCCAAUCUUGCUGCAUGACGACACUGCUCCCGCUGGCUUACAACCUCCGUUCGAUUGCGCCUUACCGAUAACUCACCCAGGCAGAAUGUAACUGCCGGCGGUCGGGGAGAGUGUCCGAUAGCGGAGGGAAGCAGCCUUUGUACGACGAAAUAACCCCGAAUCCAUUUCCAGGAUUUGAGUCGAUGUAACUCUUCGCGGCGAAAAUGGUUGAGUGUGGUGAGGCAAUAAAGCCGGAGUGCAGGCAUUCGGACAAGCAUGGUCAAUAACGUCCAAGAUCGGGCGACGGUCGGGGAGGGAGGCCGCCUGACCCACCGCGGCCACACAACACCCACUUGGCCUCGUAAACCAGCGGGGGUCGCGGCGGGCAGUGGAAGGCUCCCCAAGCAGCGGUCCGCCGCGCCGGGCCGAAGACACGCCUCCUUGCUGCACACUAUGACCUUGAUCGCUCCCAGUCUAGUCAUCGGUGACUUGGUCUCACCGAGUACAAACUUCUAAAAUAUCUGACAUAAAAUGUCACACUAGUCAAUACUACGGUGCGUCGACUCACGGUCGUGGAAGAGGGUCGCCCCGGGCCUCGCCGCUGGCCGGAGCCGCGGGGCAUCACCACCACACGCUAGUCAGGCCGCGCGGGUUGGCGGCGAGGGAAUCGACGCCCUGUUAGUGGGGCCGUUUAGGCGCCAGGUGUAGAGGCCAGGUGUUGAACCGUGCACAAAUAAUUAAUAUGAGCUUUAACUUAGUCAUUUUUAUAAGUGUCUGGCCUAGCUUGCAAGUGUAGAGGGAGCCCGCGCGAGGGCCACGAGGAGUCGGGGCCUCCUGACGCAGGCGAGGUGCGGGGCUCCUCACCUGAGCACCGCCUGCCAGCAGUCACAAUAAAUACUCUGCCUUUCUCGGAUAAGAAAUUAUUUUAUAUGUAUAUUAUUUGUCUUAUUUAUUGACUAUGUAUAAACCCACUGUGAAUAAUAUUAACGGACCUGUUGAGAAUGCCAGUAGUGGAGUGUUGCAACUAGCUUACUGGAGCUGCAUUUUAUACCAGAUUCCUUCAGGGAUCACGAUACUCUUUAUGACACCAGACAGACCGCCGCCGCCCUCCUUCCCAGCCUCGGCACCUGCCACACAAGUCAAUAUUUCAGCAUCAUUCAGUGACGGUGUUCCUGCCAUGCAAAACACAGAGCCGCACCACGUUCCUCCCUGGCCCGGGUGAGUGUUUGGACGUCACCAAAUAAUAAUAACACACUGAACAGCCAACUUUUGGCUUUAGCAAAGGGCAGGCCGGCAGCCCCGCCUCCCCGCACACUGUCGGGGGGGCGCCGCGCCGCCGACAGCCAAGAGUUGUGGAGGGCGGCGUCCCGCAGGUCUGGCCAUAACACCUUCCCUUCAUCACUUGACGGAGGGAAAACAGUAACACGAUCACUCCACCUCUCAGACCACUUUUUUUAUUUGCCACCACUUUUAUUUACAUCAUUUCUUUACCAAGUCAUCGCAAGGCGCCGCCGUCGUCGUCACCUGGGCCGUCUGUCACCCUGGGCCGCCCGCCUCCUCCCGCCCAAAUCACGCUGUCAUUUCUCCAUCCUGUUUUCUCUUCCAUACGUCCUGUUUUCCUUGCUUGCAUUUUCUUUGCAUACAUUUUCCAUUAGUCACAGUUCUGAGUCUUCCUUUCAUUACAUAUCAAUAUUCUAUAAAAAAAAAAAUUAUUUUAGGACGGGUUUCUUUUUCACUUUUACUCCUUUCCCCUUUGGGCGAGUAAUUUUCUACCUUAAAAUUACUUUUUACUUCCUCUUUCCCGUCACAUACAGGCAACACUUCUUCAGCCUUAAGACUGUAGCACACUUCCUGUCUCCUUUCUACCGUCCUAUUUUGGCAUCUCUGUUUCCGUCACAGCAGGUCCCCCCAACCCACCGGGGCUGCCAGCAGAUCCACCUCCACUUGGGGGCGGGAUUUUUACACCCUGUGCCUUACUCCACCGAAAAAGAAAACGAACAAAAGGAAAAUAAACCGAAGACUGCUUUCCUUAUACCGUCUUUUUUUCUAAAGUUUUAAAUUCAUUUUCUUUAGUUAAUUUUACUUUUAAUAAAUCUUCCGCCUCGUUCUUUUUCUCCUCGUCCUUCCCCCUCUCCUCCUCCUCCUACUCCUCUUCCUCUCCUUCACCCUUCCGCGGUCCAGGAAGGUGCCGCGACCCAGGACUCGACGCCGUUCAUGUAUAAAGCCACAAAGCCAACCAGCCGUUCCUCCCCUCAGUUCGGAGGCGCCCACCAGCGGCCUUCGAGCUGCGUGCGAAGCGGGACUGCCGGAGGUAACACACACACACACACACACACACACUAUAGACAACACAACGCAACAAAUACUCACCCACAUCAGGCCGCCACGCCUCCACCAGCUCUUUUUUGUGUCUAGAAGUAGAGAUCCUGCUUCAGCCUACUCCUGUCUCUCUCCCUUGCCUCCAUCCUUCCAUUCCCCCUUCCCUCCCCCAACUCCCUCUCCUCGCGGCAUCUCCAGGCAGGAGCAAACUCACAACUCAUCAUUGUUGUUACGUUUACAUGUACUUCUCCAGUACACACACACACACACACACAUCCACACACACACACACACACACACUCUCUCUCUCUCUAUCUCUCUCUCUCUCUCUCUCUCUCUCUCUCUCUCUCUCUCUCUCUCUCUCUCUCUCUCUCUCUCUCUCUCUCUUACAAAUAUCACACUUGUAGAUAAUGUUUCAUAACCUAAUUUAUCAAAAUCAUUCAACAAUUUUAACGUGUUGUUUUAUAAAAACAUGCACACACACACACGUACGUUAACACCUUCCCUGUGAACGCCGCCGCCACUUCUGUCUCCACUAGACCUUUUCCAGUAUACGAGAGACCUUACUUCACUUUUCCACAUUCUUCGCUUCCCACCAUCCAGUACCUCCACUCCUUAAAUCCUUCCUCCCACCCUCCACCAGCCACUCCUAACACCACAACACUGCAUCCCCUCACCUCUAACACCAUCAAAUCGACCCAUUCCUUCCCCUUCCCUCCACUCUAUAAAUCAUAAACCAUAUCUCCAUCUCACUUUAUCCUCUCCACCUACCACCCUCCACCUGCCCUCCACGUGGGUGCCUCGCCUGACUAAUGGUGAUUUGUUGUUUAAUUUCGCGUCAUGUGGAUACACAGCAAGGUUUUCGUCUCCUGUGCUCGCCUAUUAAUGGGUUACUGGGUUUGUUUACCAUCUCACUCUCACAUCUGUUCACCUGCUUCACCUGUGUUACCCUCCCUUACGUUCCCUUCCUCUCCAGGUGACUUUUCCAUCCUCUCCACAAGGGUAAUUCUCCCCCAUAGCUUGGAGUUUGGUCUACCACUCUGACUCUUCUGCUUCUCACUAUAAGUAAUCGUUCGCCUUUCCUCCCAAAAUACAUCCAUACAUAUCUUGAGGUAAUUCAUGUUUCUGGUAAUUCAUGUUAUUUCACCUUCUCUGUUGGUCUCCUGCCCGCCCCUGCAGGUGAUCCGCCUAUGUGAAGGUGAAGGUAAUGAGGGCAUGUAUAAUUCUUUUGUCUACUAUUAUUAUUAUUAUUAUUAUUAUUAUUAUUAUUAUUAUUAUUAUUAUUAUUAUUAUUAUUAUAAAUAAAGGUGUUUUCUAAUAAAUGUAUGAUAAUAAUUAUGGAGACUAUGAGGCGCCAUCACCUUUACCUGUGAUUCUUAUUAUUAUUAAUAUUGUCAUUAUUAUUAUUAUUAUCAUCAUUAUCAAUUUUUUUAUUUUUUUAUUUGAAUACCCAAGUGGCCCUUCAAAAGUUUCUCACUCAUUUACGGAUUUCUUUAAUACUCAAAUUAUAAUUACGCUGUGUAUGAAGUGUUUGAAUUAACGUGCUGUGUAUUCCUUUGUCAUACCGUUGUGUACGUUACGCAUACUCAUGUUUAUCGCUAAGUCUCAUUAUUCACGCAUUCAUCAUUUUAUUUCCCUCAUACAUCUUAUUUUUAAGGUUAACUCAGGUUCGUGUUAUUCAUUCCUUCAUUCAUCAUUCCUUUGUCCAGAUUUAAGGCAUUAUGUUAUUCACGUGUUUACUCUGCCUUAAAGGUUCUUCACGACUCAUCCACUGCCUCCUUCAUUAUUCAUUUCCGUGUAUAAAUUUGCCACUCAACAGUCAAGCACUCCAGGCAGUAAGGCAGUCUUGUGUCACCACCACUACCGUCACCACCACCACCACCACCACCACCACCACCAACACCAACACCACUACCAAGAAACUAACCUU